UUAGAUUUAAAAUAUGGAAACAACUACUAUUAUUUUACGAUGGAAAGAGUAUAUACAAACCUAAAAUCUAAAAAAAAUUACCCGUUCUCAGUUCACACAUUUGAAUCACACGUUUGAAUCAUCAAACCAUAGGUCUCCGGGCCCGUUUGCAACUCCAGCUUUGAUCUCCACUUUUCUCCGGCAUGGCUGCCGCCGACGCUCCGAUCACCGUGAAGGAAAUUUUAUCUUUGAAAAGCAUAGGGAUUAAAGAACAAUUUAUUACUUUUACUAAUGUUACUAUGGAGUCGGAGAAGUAUAUAUGUGUUCGUGAGACAUUUCCGCAACACAGUGUUGUGAUUAUUGACAUGAGCAGGCCAAUGCAGCCUUUGAGGAGGCCUAUUACAGCAGAUUCAGCCCUCAUGAAUCCAAAUGGAAGACUUUUAGCUCUCAAAGCUUCACUUCCUGGAACUACUCAGGAGAACUUGCAAGUAUUUAAUAUUGAGACGAAAGCAAAAAUGAAGUCAUGUCAGAUGCCUGGGCAGGUCUCCUUUUGGAAGUGGAUCACCCCAGAGUUGUUGGGCUUAGUAACUCAAGCAUCUGUUUACCAUUGGUCUAUUGAAGGCGAUUCUGAACCUGUUAAGAUGUUUGAUAGAACCGCUAAUUUAGCAAACAAUCAAAUAAUCAAUUAUAAAUGUGAUUCUUCAGAAAAGUGGUUGGUUUUGAUUGGAAUUGCUCCUGGCUCACCAGAGAGACCCCAGUUGGUCAAGGGGAACAUGCAACUCUUUUCUGUGGAUCAGCAGCGUAGUCAAGCUCUUGAAGCACAUGCGGCAUCAUUUGCUUCAUUCAAAGUAUUUCAGGUAAUGAGCAUCCAUCAAUUCUUAUAUCUUUUGCAACAAAAAGUAUUAAUGCUGGCCAGGCAACAUCAAAGUUGCAUAUUAUCGAACUUGGUGCCCAGCCAGAGACCCCAGUUGGUCAAGGGGAACAUGCAACUCUUUUCUGUGGAUCAGCAGCGUAGUCAAGCUCUUGAAGCACAUGCGGCAUCAUUUGCUUCAUUCAAAAUUUCAGGUAAUGAGCAUCCAUCAAUUCUUAUAUCUUUUGCAACAAAAAGUAUUAAUGCUGGCCAGGCAACAUCAAAGUUGCAUAUUAUCGAACUUGGUGCCCAGCCAGGGAUUGCAGCUUUUACAAAAAAACAAGCAGACCUUUUCUUUUCUCCUGAUUUUGCUGAUGACUUUCCAGUUGCCGUGCAGAUAUCUCAUAGGUAUAGCUUGAUCCAUGUGAUUACCAAGCUUGGACUUCUAUACGUUUAUGACCUCAAAACAGCUGCAGCAGUAUAUACAAACAGGAUUAGUCUGGAUCCAAUCUUUUUAACAUCAGAAUCUUCGUCAGGUAGGGGUUUCUAUGCUAUCAACCGAAGAGGUCAAGUGCUGCUGGCCACUGUAAAUCAAUCAACUAUCGUCUCUUUUUGGUAUUUCUUGAUUCUUCUUGCAGCUCAACAAUCCUAAGCUAGCUGUCGAUCUUUCCGGCGGAAACUUACCUGUGGCAGAGAAUUUGGUAUAUUGGUUCUGUUUCAUCUAUUCUUUAGUUUGUAUAUUUUGAAAAAAUAUGUUCAAAUUGAGUGAGGGUUAUAUUUAGCAGUGGGGACUGGGGAGUAGAGUUAGGGUGCAUCUUACAUUUAGGGUUCAAUUCCAUUAUUAUGUUUUCUCUUAACUGUGGACAAUGAUCUCGCUUUAAAAUCUGUACCAAAGCGGGAGCAGCUCUUAAAGUAGUAGAAGCCUUUGCUGAACAGAGGGAUUUCCCAUAUUGUUGAUAUACUUAGAGCAGGUUUGUAACACCUAGUGCAGUGUGCUGUGCUGCUGUGGUAUUCAGUAAUUUUGUGCCGAUGAACUUACUCUAUAUAUCAGCUUUCAGAAAAUUUAAAGUUCUUUUCCUUUGGAUUCUAAUUAUUAAAAACCAACUAAUGUUUUCGCCAGGUUGGUUAUACACCUCAUGAUUAUCUGUUUCUUCUGCAAACAAUUCUUCGAUCAGAUUCUCGGGGGGCUGUUAAGUUUGCGCUCAUGAUGGCUCACAUGGAGGGAGGCUGUCCAGUUGAUUACAACAUCAUAACCGACCUUUUCAUCGAGGUUCCUACAAUCACAAUGUCCACACCCUCAAUGUUGAAUCUAUACUAUUCUACUGGUUUGCAUUUAUACAUAAGCCUUUUCUAGCUGAGAAAAAUAUAUUUGAUGUUUAAUAUACCAUUCAGUUGUUUGGGGCUAACGAGUUUUCACUAUAUAGGCCUUUAUAAUAAUACUAUCAAAUAACCGGUGCCAAGCACGGGUUUAGCUGAACUUAUCUGAUAAACAGAAUUUGUUGCUUCCACUUAUAAUAGAUCUAAUUUGAAGAUUGUAGAUUAAUGACGACAAAAAAAAGGUUAUAGAUUAAUAGUGUUUCUCAUUCUUUUAGAAGAGUUUCAAUUAUUAAAAAAUGAAAAUAUAAAUAAAUAAUUACAUAGUGCUGAUAACCUAAGUUACCCGGACUCGGGUACGGGUGUCGGACACGGGUGUAGAUCCGUGUGUCGGGUUCUUCAUUUUCAAACAUUUAAGAUCCUUGGAUGUGGAUCCGAAUUUGGACACAGGUACCGGGACUCGGUCAGUGUCGGACACGGGUUCGGGGACUCGGUAUAUAAAUUUAGCAUAUGUUUAAUAUUUCUAGUAUGUCAUGUAAUUUACAUAAUAUGCAUUUCUCAAAUAAAACAAUUACAAAUUACUGGAAUCAUAAAUAUGAAUGAAUAGCUUCACCCAGCAAACAAAAUAUAAAUGUCUUCCUGCCUCAUUUUUAACACACCAUUAAAAUUGAUUCUCCAAAUCUGAGUUUCAUACUUAAACUAAACAUAAGAAUUAGUACCAAAAAGCCAAAGUUCCAUACUCAAGCAUCAGUGCAUAACAGUUUUGUAAAUUAACUUAGACUUAACAGUAACAAUUAAAAUGAAAGUGAAAAGAUAUAGAAUGAAAAUUCAGGUCUUCAAAUAAGCUAGAUGUCUUCCUCCUCCCCAUCCUGUAUCAUUGCUUCAAAUUCUGGUUCAUCAAGUGAGAGCUGAGCAAAUUCUCCAAUAUUUCCAUCGGGAUCAAAAUUGUCUCCACCUAACAAAUGAUAAAUACUUACUAACUACACAAUAUAAAAUAUAUUAGAAUUGAUAUAUAUAAUAUAAUUAUUAUAUAUAACUUGAAAGACACCGACAAACAUCCCACAAUUUUGAAGGUCCUUUGACAUAUUCAUCAUCCUUACGUGAAAGCACACGGAGGUUAUUAUGCACAAAAACUAAGUCUUCCGUCGUGGAUGUCUCCAAUCUGUUUCUCUUCACUGUUUGAAUUAGUGAGUAAGUGCUCCAAUUUCUCUCAAUACACGAAGAAGAAGCUGGUUGUUCAAGUAAUUUGAACGCUAAAGCUUGUAACAUUGGCGUACUUGUUCUAUGAUUUUCCCACCAAGAAACUGCACUCUCUGUAAUUCUACCAUCAAUGACAUGAGCCUGAUUGAAAUACCCACUUCCUGUAGAAAAAGCUCCGAACUCGGUAAAGACUUUUUGCAAGUCAGUAGGAUUUAGAAACAACCUCUUGAAACAUUUGUUUCUAUUAAUAGAAACUUCUUCAUCUUCAUGUGGAGAGAUUCUCAUUAUUCCAUUAUUCCCCCCUCGAAGCCAGCCUUCACAAUAGUAUUUAGGCACCAAAGAGUGGGCAAGGCAGUGUAGUGCCGUGUUACUUUUAUUCCACCUGCUCACCAAUAUAUGGUGAAUAGCUUCAAAAAAUUCUGAUUUCCCAGUAAUCAAAUCCUCACCUUCAUGUGUAAAUAUAACCUUCUUCACAUUCUCUAUCAUAGAGUCCCACAUAUCAUAAAUAAGAUGCAACACAGCAGCGUCCUUAUCAUCUUCUCUCAACAUUCCAACAAUUGGUUCAGUAAUGGCUAAAAUAUAUUCUAAUUGAUCCCACUAAAAAUCAUCCACAAUACAUCUUUUUACUUCCCUUGCCUUGUUAGCGAUGACAUUAUAUAGUUAAUAUUAAAACUAUUUAUUUUAAUUAUAAUAAUGUAUCUCUGACAUAAUCAUAAUUUUAACGACCUCAAAUUGUAAUUAAAAUUUAAAAUUUCAAAUGACUCAUAACCAAAUUAGGUGAGAUAAGUAUAUAUAUAUUUUACGAUUUUAAAUUGUAUAAGUGAAAAUCAAAAUUCAAGUUUGAAACUCGGCUUGUAAUAAAAUAUUAAAAAUUAUAAAGACUCAACAAGGCUCGCGAAUAAUUUAAAAUUCGAAAGGUUGAAUCAUUUACAUCAUAAUUGACACAUAUGUAAUCAAAUUUGAGUUGGUCAAUAUGGUCAAAUUGACGGAUCGGACACAGAUCCUAAAAGGUUUCAUCAGUUAUUAAAAGUGUGUAUAUAGUAUAAAUAUGUAUUGAAAUUUGUGCUUUGCACGAACUUAAAUUAGUUAUUUUAAUAGAUUAUUUUAUUAUAUAUACAUAAAUAUUUUACAAUUUGUAAUAUUUUUAUGAUCAUGCAUAUACUUAUAAUUGUAUGUUUAAAAAUAUAUAAAUGACUAAUUCUAAAUAAACAUAAAAUCCUAUUAUUGUAUUAGUAUACCUAUUCUAUGUAUCUUAACAUAAGCACAAACUCUCCGAUUCUUGUAUGUUUUAUUAAGCAGAUGCUCCCUUGAGACAUAGAAUUUGUAAUUAGUGAUUUUUUUUGGAAUCUAUUUUAUUUGGUUUCUAUUUGAUCACUUGCCUGUAUAUAUAUAUAUUGUUUAUUAUGAUAAUCUGGAUUAUAAUAGAGAAUAAUUUGGUGGCUAAGUGCGGGUUUAUUAUUAGAAUUUUUGUGAUUGAUAUUGAACUGAAAAUUGUUUUUCUCUUUGUUAUGGGUUACGACCCAUGCAUAUUCUUCUUUUCUUUGGUUGAAAAAUCCUAGGCGUAGUGGUUCUUCUGCGGUUGGAUCAACUGAGGCUCGUGGUUCCCAGGGUCAUCUAUCUUUUUUGUUGUUUUUCUUCCUGUACUGCAUCAUUGACCCUUAGCGCCCCAGAGGAAGUUGAUACGAGAGGCCACAACAUUUCUGUUGGAAGUCCUGAAGCCCAAUUUACCGGAACAUGCUUUCCUGCAAACUAGGGUUUUGGAGAUAAAUAUUUUUACUUACCCCAAUGUUGUGGAGGCUAUACUAGAAAAUGGAAUGUUUAGUUAUUAUAAUCGUCCGCGCAUUUCUCAACUUUGUAAAGAAGCUGGUCUUUAUGUUGAGCUCGUCGGGCAUGAAGAGGUUUAGUGCUCGACUUCUAAAGCCGAUGGUUGUCCCUAAAGAUUCACUACUUAUAACUGUAGUGGAGAUGAUAUAUGCUAUCUUAUGGGGUGACAAUAAGAGCAUGGUUUUAAAGUUUCACUGGCAAUGGCUUACUCGACAGUUUUAUGGAUGCUGGAAGAGUCCUGAUCACAAUGUAACUUCUCUGAUGUACUAGCACCAAAGCCCGACUUUUUUGGUAUCUUGACAGGGGUAUUUGAAGAUUUGAAUUUUUCCCUUCAAAUAUCUUGUUCCUGCAUAGAAAUAUAGAAUCAAGACGGAUGGAAAUAUAAGGAAUCUGAGCCACCCAUAUAUGUUGGAGUAAAGGAAUAUGUGAGCAGGAUGAUUGUAAAGUGUAAAGGGUUAGAUCGGCUAAACUUGCAAUGAUGUAAUUAACCGUGGAUGAGUUCAUGAAGUAUACAAGGGUUGGUGGAACCUACCAACCAGAUGUAGAAUGACCAUGUUUAUUGUUUAACUUGAUCUAAUUUGAUUUGUUUUUGUCACGA